UCUAAGGUCUGCUUCCUGGAUAUCUAAUCGUCCUGCUGUGAACGUACCAUUUGAAGGUGUCUGUAAAAUGACUGGAGCUACAACAUGUACUCUUUCAUCAGCAGAUUUUCCUGAAUUGCUUCAGCUUCAGCAUCAGGAUCAAAGCUUGUGUGCUUGUGAGAAAUGUUUGUCUAAAGAAAACCUUUUCAUUCUACAUCGCCUGAACCGUUCAGAAGAGCCCUUUUUGUCUUCUAACACGAACCUCUCUGAGGAUGCUUUUAGAUGGUGGAAGCUCAUACAGAACGAACAGCGAGAUUUUGGUUCCUAUAAAGCAACAGUGCGCAAGCUGUUUGAGCUAUUCCCAUCCGUGGCUGACCUUAGAAAACCCAGUGCCGACAGCUGCAGGACUUGUGCCGUUGUUGGCAAUUCGGUUAAUUUGAAAGGAUCACGUUACGGACCGUUGAUAGAUUUCCAAGAUGUUGUUAUAAGAAUGAACGCUGCUCCUGUCAAAGACUAUGAAAGAGAUGUUGGGACCAAAACAACUCAUCGUGUCAUGUAUCCGGAGAGUGCCGUGGAUUUAGAUAAUUCUACUCAUCUUGUGCUGUUUCCAUUUAAGAUACAAGAUCUUGAGUGGGUCAUCAAGGCAUUUACAACAGGUUUUUCUGGAAGAUCAUAUGCACCACUGAAAUCCAAAAUAAAAGCAAAAAGAGACUUGGUGAUGGUGGUCAAUCCAGCUUUUAUGAAAUAUGUUCAUGAGAUUUGGCUGGAAAAGAAAGGAGAUUAUCCAUCCACUGGCUUUAUGGCUUUGAUUCUUGCACUCCAAAUUUGUGAUGAGGUCCAUGUGUUUGGUUAUGGAGCAGAUCAUGAUGGAAACUGGAGCCAUUACUUUGAAAAGCUGAAAAGGAAAAACUUAAAAACUGGACUACACCCGGGUCAACAUGAGUAUGCACUGAUACAACAGUUGGCUGAAAGAAAAUCAGUCAGGCUUUAUAAAGGUUGGUGAGAUUUAAAUUUAAACGGGUUCCUCGAGUCUCAAUGAGAUUUACCUUUGAUAAAGGUGCAAUAAAAAAUAAAAAUGUAUUCCUGGAUUUUAAAUGACUCAUAACGUUUCUUUAAAAAUGUCAUCUCCUCAAAUAAUAUUUUAUCCAACUGCAUUGUGAAUGGGUUAAACACGUACCUAAUGUUUUUUCUAAAACAUUAGUAGCUAUUUUCUUUAAAAUUACCUUUAGUUCUCUAACUUAAAUAUCCUCACUGAAUUCCUAAAUUCAUUGAAUAAUUUUUUACUGGUGAUGGUUUACAACCAUUUCUAUUUGUCAUUUUGUGUAUUCUGGUGAAGAUUUUCAGUCAUCCAGAUCAUGAUCAAUACAAAGAAGGUAAAAAAAAAAAUCUGAAUAUGUUUUGCUUCAGCUUCAAAAUAGAAGUCCAGUUGUUUU